AUGAAACGUUCCUUCCGGUUGGCUCUGGCCCAAUUCAACCCCACCGUGGGCGACAUUGCCGGCAACACAACCCGCAUCAUCGAGCUGAUCGACCAGGCGCGGGCGUCCCACGCCGAUCUGGUGGCGUUCCCUGAACUGGCCGUAACCGGCUACCCGCCCGAAGACCUGCUGUUCAAGCCCUCUUUCCUCUCCGAGAACACCGCCGCCGUAGAACGCAUCGCUGCCGCCGCCCGAGGCAUCGCGGCCGUCGUCGGUUGUGUCGAGGUGGGCUCCGACAUCGCCAACGCCGCCGCCAUCAUCGACGACCGACGCCUGGUGGACUGGUAUCGCAAGAUGUACUUGCCCAACUAUGGCGUGUUCGAUGAAGACCGCUAUUUCCGUCGCGGCGAAGUUUGCCCCGUGUACAUCAUCAACGGCGCCACGGUGGGCGUCAAUAUCUGCGAAGAUAUUUGGUACCCCGUCGGACCCAUCGCCGUGCAGCGCGAUGCCGGCGCCGAAAUCAUCGUCAACAUCAACGCAUCACCAUUCCACGCCGGCAAAUCCGCCCAGCGCGAGCGCAUGAUCUCCACCCGCGCUGCUGACAACGGCGUGUUCGUAGCCUACCUGAAUACUGUCGGAGGGCAGGAUGAGCUCGUUUUCGACGGCGCCAGCAUCGUGUGCGCUCCCGACGGCUCCGUGAUUUCCCGCGGGCCAGCCUUCGAGGACAAGCUCAUCGUCGCCGAUCUGGACGUUGAGUCCGUGUUUCGCCAGCGUCUCCGCGACCCCAAACCCCGCAAAGAAAACCCCAACAUCCUGCACGAGGUGGGGCGGGCCCAGGUAACGCCAAUUUCUGAACACCAGUUUGCCAAUCGCCGCAUCCCCGUCGAAUCGCCUCUGUUCCCCAACCUCACCGACGAGGAAGAGGUGUACCAGGCCCUGGUCGUGGGUACACGCGACUACGUCCACAAGUCAGGAUUUCGCGGCGCGCUGAUCGGCCUCUCCGGCGGUAUUGAUUCCGCGCUCACCGCCACCAUAGCAGCAGAUGCCCUCGGCGCCGAGAACGUGGUGGGAGUAACCAUGCCGUCCCGCUACUCGUCGGAGGGCAGCGUCUCCGAUUCCCAGGAACUUGCCGACAACCUCGGCAUCAAGCUGUGGCGCAUCCCCAUCGAGCCGGCCCACGUGGCCUUCACCGACAUGCUGGCCGACCGGUUCGCCGGCGCCGAGCCCAACGUCGCCGAGGAGAACGUCCAGGCCCGUAUCCGCGGCAAUGUGCUAAUGACCAUAUCCAACAAAUUCGGCUGGAUCGUGCUGACCACCGGCAACAAGAGCGAAAUGGCGAUGGGCUACGCCACGCUCUACGGCGACAUGGCCGGCGGGUUUGCCGUGCUGAAAGACGUGCCCAAAACCCUGGUUUACGCCCUGAGCCGAUGGCGUAACGCCGGCACCCCCAACGGACGACCCCUCAUACCCAUUUCCGUGCUGGUCAAACCUCCCAGCGCCGAACUGCGCCCCGACCAAACUGACCAGGACACCCUGCCUCCCUACGAGCAGCUCGACCCCAUCAUCAAAGCCUACGUUGAAGACGACUUUAGCUAUGCCGACAUGGUGGCUAUGGGACACAACCCCGACUGGGUGCGGCAGGUCGUAACCUUUGUUGAUCGCAACGAGUACAAACGGCGUCAGGCUCCGCCCGGUGUGAAAAUUACGCCCCGCGCCUUCGGCAAAGACCGCCGCCUGCCCAUCGUAAACCGUUUCCGGCCAUUGCCCCCGGUUUGA